AUGACUGAUUUACAACAAUUAAAAAAUAUAAAACUUGAUUAUGAAGAUAAUAUCGCUAUUGUUCAACUCAAUCAAGAAAAUUCUAAAGUUAAUAUAUUAUCACGAAAAAUGAUGAAUGAAUUCGUUCCAGUAUUUAAUCAUUUAAAAAAUGAUGAUAAUAUUAAAGGAAUUAUUGUUAUAUCAGCUAAACCUGGUUCAUUUAUUGCCGGAGCUGAUAUUAAUAUGUUUGAAUCUGUUAAAUCUCGUGAUGAACUUUAUCAAAUGUCACGUAAUGGUCAAGAAAUAAUGAAUCAAAUUGAACAAUCAUCAAAACCAAUUAUUGCAGCUAUUGCUGGAUCAUGUCUUGGUGGUGGAUUUGAAGUUGCUUUAGCAUGUCAUUAUCGCAUUGCAAUGAAUGAUAAACGAACUGGAUUUGGUGUACCAGAAGUUAAAUUAGGUUUAUUACCUGGUGCUGGUGGUACACAAAGACUGUUAAAAAAUCUUUCAUUAUCUGAUGCAUUGGAUCUUAUAUUAGCGGGUAAAGAAAUUAAAGCAAAAAAAGCCAAAGCAAUGGGUUUAGUUGAUAUUCUUGUUGAACCAAUUCGAUCUGAUGUUCAAGAUAUUGAAGAACAAAAUAUUGAAUAUUUACGUUCAAUUGCUAUACGAAAAGUCAAAGAGAUUGUUGUACAAAAACCUACUAAGCGAAAAUUCGGACUAAUGGAAAAUAUAAAAUCAAUAAUAAUGUUAAAUUCUUAUGUACGAAAUUAUAUUUUAUCUCAAGCUCAAGCAAAAGUUAUGUCACAAACACAAGGUCUUUAUCCAGCACCAUUGAAAAUUUUAGAUGUUAUCCAACAAACUUUAGAAAAUGGUUCAAAAGUUGGAUUAAAUGCUGAAGCAGAAGCUUUUGCAGAUCUUGCUAUAACUAAUGAAGCAAAAGCAUUAAUUAGUCUAUUUCAUGGACGUACUGAAUGUAAAAAAAAUAAAUAUGGAAAACCCGAAAGAGAAAUCAAAACUAUUGCUAUCAUUGGUGCUGGUGCAAUUGGUGCUGGUAUUGCACAUGUAUCUAUUGAUAAAGAUUUUCAAGUCAUACUUUAUGAUACUACAUCAAGUGCACUUUAUCAUGGUCAAUCACAAAUAAUUAAGAGUUAUCAAAAUUAUAUUAAACGAAAUCGAAUAACAAGUACUGAAUAUAGUCGAAUAUUAUCGAAUUUAAAUUGUCAAACAACAUUUGAUAAUUUAGAAAAAUGUGAUAUUAUAAUAGAAAGUGUAUUUGAAGAUCUUAAAUUAAAACAAAAUAUUCUUAAUGAACUUGAACAAUACAUUCCAGAACAUUGUAUAUUUGCGUCUAAUACAUAUAUACUAUCUAUUCAUCAAAUAGCUGCAAAUAGUCGACGUCCACAUAAAGUUAUUGGUAUGCAUUAUUUUUCUCCAGUUGAUAAAGUUGAAUUAUUAGAAAUUAUUCGAGCUAAACAAACAUCUGAUAAUACGAUUUGUACAGCAGUUAGUGUUGGUCUUAAACAAGGAAAAAUUAUUAUUAUAGUUAAUGAUAGUCCAGGAUUUUAUACAACACGUUUAUUAAUAUUUUCUUUUAUUGAAUUAUUUUAUCUUUUACAAGAAGGUUUAUUACCGAAUGAUAUUGAUAAAGCAACAAAAAAAUUUGGUUUUCAUAUUGGUUUAGCAAUAUUAUUAGACAGUGGCGUAGCCAGCAGGGUAGCAAUUGGGCAAUUGCCACCUAAAUCAAAUUCUAUUGCCACCUAA